ACCACAUGUACAGCAUUCUUGCGGCAAUACGGCUAUUAAUGUAUUUAUACCAGGUUAAUGAGUAAUCAGUAGAGUUUUACUAUUAUUCAUUCAACAUGUUGCGGAGGGGAAGAAGUCAAGCAUCUGCCGGUGUUAAUCACAGUUAUAAAAUUAUCAGUAGAUGGAUGCAUAAAACUCUAACAGAAUGGCAAAGUAUUCUCAAUCUGAAUGGCGCCGAAGUUCUGAUCUACGAGGAAUACAUUGACUCAUCGACCAAUAUUGAGCACUUUGCGAAGUUUAUUUUGCUGCUGAGCAGGCAUUGCCCAAACUUGACACAUGUCCGUUUAUUCUUUUCUGUAGAGAAGAGCGAUUAUUUAGAAGUAGGUUUUAUCAAACAUCUUUGGCAAUUGCCACACCUAAAGUGCUUAAGUCUGAUUGAUACCCCCGACACUGAAUACUUUGCUCUGAAGGAUGACUCAAAUAAACUAACAACUUUAAAAAUAGAUACUGUCGACGCAAAUGUGACAUAUAUCUGUUCAAAUAUAUGUUGUUCUCUGAUAAAUUUGCAAAAUUUGGUCUGUGAAUAUGUCUACAAUAGUAAAAUAAAAAUUGUUGCUGGCUUGUCCAGUUUAUCAACAUUAAAAUCGCUAACUUUAUUCUAUGCGCCGGAAAAUGAAUUAAAACAAUUGAAGAAUUGUAACCAACUUGAAGCGCUUAAUCUUUACAAAAUUAAUAGUAACCUGAGUUCGGAUGAUUUUCUAGAUAUAUUUAAAGAAAAGCGCAAUCUACAUUCUCUUUCGAUCUGCUUCUGCCUCACAGAUAGUAAACUUAGCACUUAUCUAUCCGAAUUAGCUACAUAUUGUCCAAAGCUAAUUUGUCUAACGAUUAGCCUGCCAAUCAAAGAUAUUGGUAGUUUCGUAAAUCUGAAAUAUGUAGGAUUAGACAUGGAUGGUGAACCAUGCUUAUCAAUCUUGGAAACAAAAGAAUUCUUUGAAAACUUGACGCAAUUGCAGCAUCUCCAGUUUCUCUCUUUGGAUACGACACCAGAAAACCUAAAUGAAAACGAAGCUCUGCUCAAAAUUAUACUUAACUGUACAAACUUAAGAUACCUCCGUUUGCCAUACAAAACGCAAGGAUUCAAUGAACUCAUUCUAAAUCUACCCAAUUAUCUAAGUAAGCGUAACUUCCAACCGAAGUCGCCAUUUGUGCUGUCUGUGCAGGGCAGCGAUGCACUGACCGAUGUGGAAGAUAAGUUAAAGGCACAUCCCCGCGGUGAAUUGCUGCAUUUGGAUUGGAAUGGCAAAAUGUUUGCAUCCGAACUUAAAAGCCUAAGCGAAUCUUUAGGCCAUUCCGAUGCAUAUACGGACGACAGAAAUGUGUUUAAAUUUCCUGGAAAGAUGGCCGGUGAUUCAUUAGGUCCAGUGGAUAGAUGGUCAUCUAACGCGUAUUAUAAAUUGUCUCUUAAAUCGUGCACCAACAAAUUUAAUCUGGACUACGACGAGGAGCUAAUAAAAAGAUGCCGAGAUUUCACCAUCAGUAAUGCUGAAUAUGAAUUAUCGAACAUGAAAUUCGCAUUCAAUUUAAAAUAUGAUUCAAUAGAUGAGGACAAUAAAUUUCCAGAGGCGGAGAGUUAAUCAAUUGCAUUUUAUUAAUAUAAUAUAAUUAUAAAUUUUAUAGAUGUAUUAUACGACUUAAAUAUAUAUUUCUUGUAAAUUUAA